AUGCUGCAUCUGCUUUUAUAAGACCACAGAAGAGAUUUUAUUCCUCAUUCAGGACACAGAAUGAAUCCACGCGUCAUUUUGGCUUCUCUUAAUUUGUUUGUCACCACUGGUUUUAUUCCAGUCUGUUUGUGUGCCCAGGGGAGAUAUGCAUUCAAGCUGCUGAAUGAUUUAUUUGUAAAUUACACCAAUGCAUUGAGGCCUGUGGAGGACACGGACAACAUCAUUAACGUCACCUUGCAGAUCACUCUCUCCCAGAUCAUUGACAUGGAUGAAAGAAAUCAGAUCCUCACAACAUACUUGUGGAUUCGUCAGGUGUGGUUUGAUGCCUACCUCACCUGGAAUAAGACAGACUACGAUGGGCUUGAUACCAUCCGUAUACCUAGUAGUUAUGUAUGGAGACCCAAUAUUGUCCUAUAUAACAAUGCAGAUGACCAGUUCUCCAGCUCUAUGGAGACCAAUGUAGUGAUCCACCAUGAUGGCCAGAUUAUGUGGGACCAGCCGGCAAUAACCAAGAGCUCCUGCAAAGUGGAUGUGUCUUAUUUCGCUUUUGAUGUCCAGCAGUGCCGCCUCACCUUUGGCUCUUGGACCCACAAUGGCAACCAGAUGGAUCUCCAUAAUGCCCUGGACAGUGCUGAUCUGGCUGACUUUGUGGAGAACGUAGAGUGGGAGGUUCAGGGAAUGCCUGCUAAGAAGAACAUUAUUCUCUAUGGCUGCUGCUCGGACCCCUAUCCAGAUAUCACCUACACACUUCACUUGAAGAGAAGAGCUUCCUUUUAUAUCUUCAAUCUGCUUAUUCCCUGCAUGAUGAUCUCCUUCUUAGCUCCACUGGGCUUCUACCUUCCAGCCGACUCUGGAGAGAAAGUAUCUUUAGGGGUCACAGUUUUACUAGCCCUUACCGUCUUCCAGCUUCUGGUCGCUGAGACCAUGCCUCCUUCAGAGAAUGUGCCACUUAUUGGGAAAUAUUACAUUGCCACAAUGACAAUGAUUACAGCUUCUACAGCCUUGACCAUCUUCAUAAUAAACAUUCACCACUGUGGACCAGAGGCUCAACCUGUUCCUGCAUGGGUGCGUCGGUUUAUCCUGCACUACUUGGCUCGAAUUUGCUUUGUCUAUGAUAUGGGAGAGAGCUGCCUGUCUGUGCACACAGACAAACCUGUGCAGAAGGGAAGCAGCUUCACUUUAAAUGGCCAGACUAGGGGCGAGGACUUUGCUAUGAGGGUACGAGGCGUUUCAGCCGGUGAAGGGUGUUCACAGAAGAUAAAGGAUCAAUUAAAUGAAAAUAUCAGUCCAACCAUAUCACCACGGCAAGGAAAAGAAUGCCAUACUGGCUGGAUAGUUGGUACCUGUGUGGGUACUGACCAUGGAGAGGUUGCUGGAGCUACAGCAGAGAGAGUGAGUGAGAGCGAAGCACUUGGGAAAGAAUCAGUCAAAAAGAGGGAGAUACUUGAUGAAAGUCAGUGUUUAUUCCAUCAGCAAAACAUCCUGAAGAAUAUCGAGUACAUCACUAACUUUUUUCACGAACAGAGAGCUACACAGAGACGAAAUGGGGAGUGGCGGAAAGUCGCCAAAGUCAUGGAUCGCUUUUUUAUGUGGAUAUUCUUCAUCAUGGUCUUCCUCAUGAGUUUACUUAUUAUUGGGAAAGCUGUCUGA